UAGUGCCAACUUUUCACAGUAGUAGUUUUUGUACUUUGAUGAGCGAUUAAUGGAAAUGGCAAGGGAAGCGAACGUAAUAGAGCUUUACGAACUUCAUUACUCUGAUUUAUUGUUACUCUCAUCAUCGCCAUCUUAUGAAGAAGAUGUAUCUAGAAUAUCACAAAUUGAAAGAAAAAUAAUGGAAACCCUAGGAUCCACCGGACCCGGACUUCUUUCCAUCACCGGCGUCCCCAAUGCCUCUCUUCUCCGCCGCAGUCUCCUCCCUCUUGCUUCAAACCUCGCUCUUCUCCACCCCGACUCUCGUAAACGCCUCCUCAAGGAGCAUAAUUUGGGAAGUGAUGUUUCUUUGAAGAAUCCUGAUCGAAAUGUGUCGUCUUUUGCAAUGAACCUAAGAUAUGAAGAAGCGUUGGAAUCUGUUCAUGCUAAACCAACGCAGGCUAUUCAUCCAAACUUGAAUUUGGAGCGAACUUGUGUGGAUUUUGAUGAGGUGAAAACAUUUCAGGAUGAUGAAUUUAAAAAUCUUUCUACUGUUUUUAAAGAGCUAGGUUACUGCAUGAUGGAUCUUGGGCUCCGUCUUGCUCGAAUAUGCGAUAAGUUCAUUGGUGGCCAUGAGUUGGAACAGAGCUUAUUAGAAUCUGGCACUGCAAAAGGUCGCCUUAUACAUUAUCAUUCAGUUCUAGAUAGCCGUCUUUUAAGAGAUAAUGUGGGAAAGAAGGGACCCAAUAAAAUAAAGGGCAAUUCUAUAACGGACCAAGAACACUGCUUAAGCAGUGAGAACAAAGGAGGGUUAAACUUGGGCAGAGAAGGCGAUAAGAUGGAAUCAUGUCGACAUAACACUGAUCUAUGGCAGGAGUGGCACUAUGAUUAUGGUAUCUUUACUGUUUUAACAGCACCCAUGUUUUUGCAGCCCUCUUAUUCAUCAAAAAAUAUGGAAACAGAUCAAUCUUCAGUAUCGUCUGAUCAAGAAUGCCCUUAUCCAAAUGGUUAUUCACAUUUGCAAAUAUUUGAUCCAAAUAAGAACAUUGUCCUCAUGGUGAAGACUUCUCCAGAAAGUUUCAUCAUUCAGGUUGGGGAAUCAGCCGAUAUACUGUCAAAAGGAAAGCUUAGGUCAACUCUUCACUGUGUAUCAAAACCAGCUAAGUUGGGAAACAUAAGCAGAGAAACUUUUGUUCUGUUUUUGCAACCUGCAUGGAGCAAAACAUUAUCAAUCUCAGAUUAUACUAUGGAGAAAAGCAUGUCCACUGGUAAUCUAUCUAAUGAGGGAAGUGGCGAUGUCACCAAUAACUCGGAUGAAUCUACUCAAGAUUUCUGUAAGAUUAUUCCACCACUGUCAUCGCGGUUGAAGGAUGGAAUGACAUUUGCAGAAUUCUCUCGUGAAACUACCAAGCAGUAUUACGGUGGCAGUGGUUUACAGUCCAGUAGAUAGCUGCUCGGGGGUUUGUAUGCUUCGAAAUGCCAUUUGGGGAUAAAACAUACAUUAAAGUUGACAUACUUUUGAGCAAGUAAGAAAUGUAGGAGGACGUUUGUUUCUCCGCAAUUGGUUUAUUCUAUUGAACCACGUCUGAUCACAGGAAUUCACAUCUCUGUCAAAUGAAACUAUGCGUGAUUCUCGCGUGGAUUGUCUUCAGCAAGCUAUGGCACGCAAUGAGAAAGAUUUCUUUAUAGAUAGAAGACAUUUGUUGCUGGUGUAAUUUGACUGCAAAAUAUUUAGCUGCUACUUUCAGAUGCUGUGAUCUGUUAUUGAUCCAUAUCUCACCAAUCAGGUGCUGACAUGGACGUGCAAUGGCUGGUUUUUGUAAGUCGCAUAGUUGGUCAUGCAAGGAUAAGCGUCCGGACACUAAGAGCCGUUUCAUCGAUAAGCUUUAGAUAGAUAGAGAUGGCUUCCUUUUUUAUGCAGAGUCAAUAUUCCUCAGUUCCUUAGUGCAUGAUUGUAGAAUUUGUUACGUCUUAAGCCCAAAAAGUUCUCAAAUUGGCCAUUAAUGGUCAGCUAGGCUGUUGGGGGCUCUUGUUACUGCAUUGUUCUGAACGAAUAAUGUUAUAUCUGAUCAUUGCAUUUUGUUGCCGAAUUACAGAAUACAGUUCGUGUUACUGUAGAUAUGGUAGCUGUUUGUUUACAUUUCAUAA